UAACAUUUUUUUUUCGUCUGAUUCUUCCCAGGAUUACAUUUCACCAUAGCAACUUCCUUCCUCUGAAGCCUAACUCUGAUGGUAAAAUUCUAACCCGUUUUGAACUCUACAAUUAAAAAGUGAGACGUUUUCAUUCAGACAGCGAGCGGAAACAACUCGUCAUUUUAUCAUCAAGAUAGAAUCCCUCUAUACAUGAAAGUCAAUGCCAUGUCAACAGCGAGCUGCCUCGUAUAGUUAUCUCGGACAGCCAACAGGGACAAUUUAGGAAUAGAUCAUUUUUUUCUAAAGACGGCACGAUGUGGAUUUAUUACAAGUGAAUAUUACAAUAACAAUGACCAUCUUCUGCUAAUUAAGGUUUAUACAUUGUUAUUGAGUUAUAGCUGCACGCGACUUCGUCGUUUUCGUAGUUUCGCCUUUAUCCCACCAAGGACAUUUGUACUAAUAAAAUUGUGUUCCACUUUGAACUUCAGGGUUCCAAUCAAGAUGCACUCUAAUUUCUGCUCGUACAUGGUCGCUACAUUUUUACUGGUUUGUAGUUGUUUGGAAACAGGAUGCGCUCAAGAUGGCGAAGGCGCAUAUGGAGGCAAUAUUUAUUACUAUUACACGCCUGAGAAUUUGACUUUUGACGAUGCACAGACACACUGCCAAAGUUACACCAAUGGUGGAUUAGCUGAGCUUUCUACAGAAGAUAUCAAAACAUUCGUAAAUAGCCUGAUCACUGGCAACCAUCGCAUGUGGAUCGGAUCUAAAAAACUAUCUAAUACAUUUACAUGGAUUUAUUCACUUACCGAUACACCCGAUUCAAGUGUUAAAGGCGCUGGUAAUGGUAAAGAUUGUGUAUACUACAGAAACUCAGGAGAGUGGAAGGCCGCCCGAUGCACCGACAAAUACGGAGCAAUCUGCGCAAGACCCGGCAACGUAACCAGUUCAGCGCCAGGCACAGACGUCACGGGUAUAUCUAGACUGGUCAGAUAUCUUCAUCGAAUGCGACGAAAUCCAGAGAACAUGGUUAAAGGACAAUUGAAAAGGUCUACUACUGUACCGACCUUCUUAGAAAGUACAACAAAACUGACUGGUACCUUUCCAUUCAGACGCCUCACUGAUUCUUUGAGACGUAAGAAACGAGAUGAAGAGGGGGACGAGGGGGGCACGGAGGAGGAUGGCUGUGGUAAGGAAAAUUCGACAGAGCAGAGUAAUGCCGGAUCAGUUAAUCCUCGAUUUGAAAAUAUCAGGAAUGAUGCAACCUUCCCAUCCACUUUGGAGCCUACUUCGAGUUUAGAAGUAACAACGGAACUCCAUCGAACUGUUGAGCCUGACGUUAGUACACCAUGCAGCGGACAAUGUGAGAACCCACAGGUACCUGCUACGACAGAUCGCCCCUCUGAUGUCUCUCCUAGAAGCACUUCGGUCCCAGUCGUAACGGAUCCACCACCGGAAGUAGAAGGCAACGUGUCCCAUGUAGUAGACCUGACUCUGGACACGUCAUACUUCAAAUCACCGGUGUUUGUGACCGGUCUGGAAAAGUGGCUCGCAUCAAAUGACGAGAUACCGGAUGAUCUAAACGAAGAACAGAAGUUGGAAUAUGCUAAGGAGUUCUUCGAUGUCUGUAACAACGUGUUCGAGGUUGAUCUAUUAGCUCUAGGAGAGACAGAUGCAGCAUCCAUCUUCGCAGACGCCUGCAGUCAUCUAGCUCAAGAUUUGACCUCUGACCUGAACAUCGGUGAAUCGGUGAACAUCUCUACGGCUCAUGUCGAUGUGUAUGCCUCGGUACAAAAAGGCAGUAAUUUCACUGGCUACGUGCAGGUGAUUGAAGACAACGACGACGUCAAUGACAGCGACGAUGAGUCCGAUGCCGUCCAGGUGGUCAUCAUCCCUCCCGAUGGCGUCAGUGGCCUUCAUCUUUCAGAGGAAGAUACCAUAGGAGUCUCAGUGGUGGUAUAUAAACGAGGACACUUCAUUGUAGACCAUCACAAUCAGUCAACCGACACGUCACAUCGGCCAGCUGGACCUGUAGUCUCAAUAACAGUCGCAGUUAAUGAUAAUGUGACAUCAGUACCUGUCGAAUUCAUUCUUGAGAAUGAUAUUUCUCAUCUUCUGCCAGCUGAUCAGUCAGAUUAUGAAUUGGGAAAUGUCUCCUGUAACUUCUGGGAUUCAACGGUCGAAGGGGAAGGAGAAUGGAACGACUACGGAUGUGAGGUUGUGAACGCAACGAGGGGAUUCACCCAAUGCGCCUGCAACCAUACCACACAUUUUGGAGUACUGCUGCAAGUCUGGCCUGUGGAGACCCCUGCGAAGGAUGAGCUUGCACUUAAUCUUAUUACGUACAUAGGUUCAGGAAUCUCAAUUGCUUGUCUUCUUCUAACCAUUCUUAUACUCAAUAUGCUCACUUCGCUGACGUCUGAUCGAGUGAAAAUUCAUAAGAAUCUAGUCACUGCCCUCACCAUUGCCCAGGGUUUGUUUCUGUCUCUAGAUGCUGCCAGCAGACAUAAGAUAAGCUGCAAAGCCAUUGCAAUCUGCCUUCAUUAUUUCUACCUGAGUGUCUUUUGCUGGAGCCUUUUGGAAGGCGUGAACCUCUACAUUCAAAUCGUGCAGGUGUUCUCAACGGGAAAGUCUCUGAAAUAUAGGCACUAUCUUCUCCUAGGAUGGGGCACUCCUAUACCUAUCGUUGUUAUCAGUGCCUGGACCAAGUGGAAAAUAUACGGAGUCGAAGGACAGUGCUGGCUAACUAUUGAGGACGGUCUCAUAUGGUCCUUUGCUGCUCCCGUUAUCGUGGUUAUAAGUGUCAAUUUGAUUGUUCUCAUCAUGGUUGUUCGUGUCAUCGUUAAGUCUGCUUCGGCCCACAAGAAAGAUAAUUAUGAUCACAUAAAAGCUGGGGUAAAAGGAGCACUUAUCUUGGUCCCAAUACUUGGUCUAGGAUGGGUAUUUGGUUUCCUCUCACUCGGCAGGGCUACCCUCGUCUUCACUUACCUCUUCGUUGUUAUAGUUGCUCUUCAGGGUGUUCUCAUCUUUCUACUCUAUUGUGCAUUCAACUCAGAGGUACGCGCUGCCCUGAGGAGAAAAGAUGAGAAAAGAAAAUUACGGAGGGGUGAUGGAUUGAGUUCGGUGCCUACGCCCUCAUCGGGCAACUCGACACAGUCUAAUGAUACAUCAACCACGUUUGCUUCGAAGCUAAUUGAUAAAAUCAAAAGACGGAGGUCAUCGACCACGGCAGCGAGGAACACGCCCAUCGACAGAAUCGAGCUCGUGGAUCGGAGCGAUUCACCAUACAGCACUAGAGAAGUCAUUUUACACUCCAGAAAGACUGGUAGUAUAGAUUCCGGUUACAGUCAGAACCUUGUACAUACACCAAACUACAUUCCCGCAGACAGUACCGUGUCCAUUCGAACUGAAGUGGCAGCCGACGAGUUUAUUCCGCCGAACACACCUACCUAUGAUCAUUCCACCAUGCGAAUUAAAUGAUUGUGACGUCAUACCAUGGACAUCCUUCAUAAAUCGUCGUUGAGUGGGGGGUCAUAAAUAUGUUUGAAAGCUAUACACAUGGCUUUACGAACAAGUUAAGCUUGCUCCUUCGUGCCAAGUCAGAAUAAAAAAAAUCUCUUGCGUGAUAUGUCAAGUAUUAUGGGGAAGGGAAACGAUUUCAGCGCCAACCGGACGACUGUAAAAUAAGAAAAUUUGUGAUAGUUUUGCUUCAUUUUCACAUCCUGUUCGUAAUGCAAAUAACGGAACCGAUGGCGUCACGCACUCGCCAUUUCUUUUGAAUUUAAUUGACUUAAAUGUGCAAUAUUUCAAUUUUCUUCUAUUUAAACUGUGAAUGGUCUGAGUACUCAGCCCACCCCCCCCCCCCACCGUGUAAUAAUAGAUAUUCAUCCACGGCCAGGUGGGUGUUUCAUGAAGCUGUUUGUAACUUACGAAUGACUACGCACGACUGGUGAUCCUUUCUUUUACUGUAUGAUAUAUGUAGCUGACUUAGCGCGUAAGAACAUGAUUAGGUCGUUUGUAAAGUCAUGCGGAACUUAAACAUCAGCUUUAUGAAACACCCAACAGGUCCCCGGAUUCCAGGGAAAAAGAAAAUUAAUAUUGCUUUUUUUGCACACAUAAUGUGUAAGCAUUUGUAAAUAUCUUGAGUAUCACCAAUCGGGUGUAUCAAUAUUUAUGUGAUCUUUUUUUGUUUCAUUCAUUAUAUUAAUGAAAUGACGAAAAAUAAACUUAUAUCAGCCCUUGUAUAGCGACUAUAGUAUCUACACUCUAAAAAACUAUAAUGCAAAACGAGUGGAAAAGGGCUGAAGGGUGAUAGCAUUUUCCACUCUUUUUUGAAAACGCCGUCACUCCUUGGCCCUUUAAAGGUUGAUUUGCCCCUUUCCAUCCUUUUAUUUUUUAGAGUGUAGAAAAGAAUAAGAUAUAAUUAACAUACAUCAAUGUCUCUCCAUACCUUGAACCUUGCUGCAACCAACUACUCUUCCAUUUUUAAUCUGUGAUAUACAGUGAUGCUCGAAAGUUUGUGAACCACACCAAUAUAAACAUAUAACAGGGGCCACAGACAAAAACAUAAAAAUGACCAUAUGAUUGUGGUUUUUGCAUGGCCAGCCCCCCCCCCCCUUCCCACACACAAACACUUUGAAAACCGUGCCCCGGCCCCUGUUUAAAGUGAUCAAUGCUCUGUCAUGUUGUAGAUAUCCAAUUGUGAAGUCAGGUGAUGAAACCACCUGAUGGACCACACGACCCGUGUGGUCCAUCAGGUGGUUUCAUCACCUGACUUCACCACUGGACCACACGACCCGUGUGGUCCAUCAGGUGGUUUCAUCACCUGACUUCACCACUGGACCACACGACCCGUGUGGUCCAGUGGUUAGAGCAUUGGACUCAUAAUCGUAAGGUUGUGAGUUCGAAU